CGCCUCGUUAGCUUGAUAACUGGGUGCUGCUUCCAUCCAGUGUGAAAACACAGCUUGCGAUGGAGACGACAGGAGUUUGUGAGAUCGACGUGGCGACCAGGAGAAUAGUUGGAGGUAGCGACUCUGCCCUUGACCUGGACAGCCCAUGUCAGGAAGAGGUGGCGGAGUUCGGCUUGGGGUUGUGCUGUGCCGAGGAGCAGAGGGGGGAAACCCCGGGCAGAGAGGACAGCCUCAGCGACCUGGGAGAGGCAGAGCUCGACCCCGGGGGGGACUUCAAGACCGCAGAGGAAAAGGCCUUCGGGAAGGAGGUGGUUCUGUUGAUGCAGGCUCUAAACUCCCUCGCCACUCCUGAGGAGAAGCUAGCAGCUUUAUGCAAGAAAUAUGCAGACCUGCUGGAGGAGAGCCGCUGCAUGCAGAAGCGGCUGAAAGCUCUGCAGAAGAAACAGUCUCAGAUCGUGAAGGAGAAGAUUCACCUGCAGGGCGAGCACAGCAAGGCCAUCCUGGCCCGCAGCAAGCUGGAGAGCCUCUGCAGGGAGCUGCAGAGGCACAACAAGACGCUGAAGGAGGAAAACGGCCAACGGUCCAGGGAGUACGAGGAGCAGCGGAAGGAGGCCAUGCUGCACUUCCAGAUGACCCUGAGCGACAUUGAGGUGCAGAUGGAGCAGCACAGCUCCCACAACACCAAGCUGAGGCAGGAGAACAUGGAGCUGGCCGAGAAGCUCAAGAAGCUCAUCGAGCAGUACGAGCUGCGAGAGGAGCACAUAGACAAGGUGUUCAAGCACAAGGAGCUCCAGCAGCAGCUGAUGGACGCCAAGCUGCAGAGGAUCACCGAGAUGAUGAGAGAGGUGGAGGAGAAGCAGCAGAGGGAGAGAGACUUUCUGCUGAAGGACGCCACGGAGUCCAGGCGCAAUUGCGAGCUGAUGAAGGAGCAAGAGACGCAGCUCAAACAACAGCUCUCACUGUACAUGGACAAGUUCGAGGAGUUUCAGAGCACCCUGGCUAAAAGCAAUGAGGUCUUCACCACUUUCAGACAGGAGAUGGAGAAGAUGACCAAGAAGAUCAAGAAGCUGGAGAAGGAAACUACGCAAUGGAGGACCAAAUGGGAAAGUAACAACCAGGCGCUGCUGCAGAUGGCCGAGGAGAAAACGCUGCGUGACGGACACUUCAAGGCCCUGCAGGGGAAGCUGGAGCUGCUGGAGCGGCUGUGCAGAGCCCUGCAGAAGGAGAGGAACGACCUCAACAACCAGCUCCGCCUCCUCCAGGAGGCGGAGGACAAGGGGACCGCGGCGCCUCCUGAAGCCCAGCCUCAGGAGGAGCCGGAGGACAAGGGGACCGCGGCGCCUCCUGAAGCCCAGCCUCAGGAGCCCUCCGCUGGGCAGGACGACGGCGACGAGAAGAAGGCCGUGGAGGGGUCGGCACAGGACGACGAGCCAGAGACGGCGGUCCACCAAGCUCCCAGACCACCUGAACAGAACCCCACACCGGCUGCUACUGAUAAGACCACGAGCCAGCCUGCGGAAACCUCACAGCAGGACUGAAGGAGCCUCCACGGCCUGUGUGUGUGUGUGUGUGUGUGUGAGACUGGUGCGAUCGGAGGGCUCCUCACACCUCCAGCCUGGUUCCUGUAACUAGCCAGAAAAGAAAAAAACAUCUUCAUUGGGGAAGACUAGAGAUUUUUGUUUUUCCGUUUAAAAUUCUAGACUUGCCUUUUCCGGGUUCCCGCACUGAAUCUAAGCCCAUAUCAUUCAUUUGUGCAAUAGUCAAAGAGGAAUAAAAUGAUUGUAUCAAGGAUUCGGUUCUAAAAACGUUGCCCUCGUUGACUUUGGAUGUAGUGACCGGGUUCUUGGUACUCCCCGCUUUCUCCCAUCACGUGUUUUUCAGAGGCCAUUUCCAUUGGCACUGGGCUAAAGUCCAAUAGUUGUCUCUCCCUUCGCGUGGUCUCUCCGUCGUCUCGUUGAACAUUCCAGUUUGAUUUCAAUCAAAUUGGGUUCAUCACACGCAUAUUGUCGUUGUUCACUUCCUGUUGGAGUGUGAUGGACGUCGUGGUGAACAAGAGCGAAGUCCGACUCGGGCCUGUUUGUCGCCCGUAUUGGCCCACAGGGUGUUCCAUAUGUUUAUUAAACACGGACCAAUUCAACCAGAAGUGAAUCUGAGAUUUAAAAAGUGGGUUUGAUAGUUCCACCUUGUUUUCUGACCCACCAAUAAAAUGUAAUAAGUAAGAUGGGAACAAAGGUCAAGACACUUAUUGUUGCUGGCUUGGCGCCCACUUGAGGGAAAAGUAAUGUAAAGAACUUUUAUGUACCAUUUGAUUUCCAUCGUCGGCUCCAGUCAGGAGUUGUGAAGCGCCUUCAUCCUCUGGGAAACGAGCCUCCGUAAAUUAUGUUGGGGGGAAAACGACAAACAUCAGAAUAAUGGGCCUCAACAUCUAGGACACUUGAUAAAGAUUGAAUGGGACUUUACGUUUUCUGAUGCAUUUUGAAUAAAAAGAUAAAUUUCAAAGAGUAUCUUAUUUAUCUUUUGCUUCGUCUGCAUCGUGGACCGCGGUCCCCUGCGAUCGGCACUUUUUGGCAACUUUAAAUAGUUGCAAAACACUUGAUGUGAACGUGUACCGGGUCGGGCGGUGCGUGUGUGAUUUCUACUUUGGGUGGGUGCGGUCUCGUCGUCCGAGGGAAGACUUUUCCUUUGGCGUUGCCCCAGAGUGACUCAGGUAAUGUCAGAAUCUACCUCUGCAGGUGAGACCAACUGAAAGCCGCGGGUCGCCAUAGCUUCGAGAGCUCUGUUUUUACUCCACAUGAAGCCCACACCCCUCUGAUUGUAAAACAUUCUUAAAUUCCUGUUUUGCUUUUCCAAUAAACAUUUUGUAGAAUUUGC